AUGAAACCUAACACAGAUAACAAGAUUGUGAACAAAAGCUAUGGCUUUCUCACGCUACGAGGAGGCGUCUUUCUGAAUGCCUGUGGAUCGGUGCUUCUUACACCUCUUAUUCCCGCUUCUUCUUCAUCCGAUGAUUUUGUCUCGAGAUAUUUCCAUUUUCGAGUACCAGGUAUUGAGUCUACAUUUGAUACUUUUCUUGUAGUAUCAUUUGCGAUGAAUGCUGUUGGCUUAUGGGGAUGCUACAAGAAAUCAAAAAAACUCAUCAAAUACCACAAAAGAUAUUGUUACUAUGAGUUGGUUUGUACACCUCUCGUGGUAGGCCAAUCACUAUUAUACAGCUAUUGGGGAGUUAGAAAGAUACUCGACGAAAAGAAUGCAAGUUGGGAAUCAUUCAUAGCUUCGAUGAAAGAGGAGUACAGUAAAUAUGUGUUUGUUGCAUUUGGUGCAUUCAUGGGUACUUGCUUUGCACACAUGGCAUACGCUGCAUAUGUAGCUGGUCAAUAUGAAAAGUAUUUAGAAAAUGAGGCUGCUACUAAAAAAGACGAUCAAUCAGGGGUUUGA